GUAGAUGGAUCACUAAUCUGCAUGUUAUCUGCCCCUCCAUCCAUCAUAUCUUUGUAAGCUGGCUGGAGAUUUGAAAGCGCAGGGUUUCUUAGAACUUUAUUUACAACCCAUGCAACCUGUCUGACACAAGGCUCCUUCUUCUGCCUAGACACGACACCCUCAAGGCUGAGAUAUCUAUCAAUCAUUCUCAAAAGACAAUCAACAUGGCCAUUCAGUAUGUAUAUAUUCAAGGGAAUUAAAUGAAACACAAUUGAUUUCGACUAACAUUUUACAGCUAUCUCAUCUUGCUGUCGCGGCAGGGUAAAGUUGUAUGUGCUUCUCCUUUAUGAACAAUAAGAAUAAGCUCGAACAUACACUGACUCCAUAAAGAGACUCGCAAAGUGGUUCACAACAUUAUCGCCAAAAGAGAAGGCCAAGAUUAUUAAAGAUGUCUCUCAACUUGUGCUGGCACGAAGAACGAGGAUGUGCAACUUCUUGGAGUACAAGGGUCAGAUUGCUCCAGUAAAAGUAUAUCUCGAGCUUCAUGCUGACUGCAUUGAUGGCAGAUUCCAAAAUAGUUUAUCGACGAUACGCCUCUCUCUUCUUUAUCGCCGGAUGUGCCUCAAGGGAUAAUGAGCUCAUUACUUUGGAAAUUGUUCACCGCUAUGUCGAGCAAAUGGACAAAUACUAUGGAAAUGUUUGCGAGCUGGUAAUUCGAAUCCCGCGAGGUGAAAUCUGUCAUUUUAUACUGAUAUGGCCUCAGGAUAUUAUCUUCAACUUUCAAAAGGCAUACUUCAUAUUGGAUGAGUUAUUGCUAGCUGGGGAAAUGCAGGAGAGUAGUAAGAAGAAUGUGCUCAGGGUGAUAUCAGCACAAGACUCAAUAGAGGAUACAGAGGUGAGUGGUGAACAUUACUUCGGGUCGUAGUGGUUAUUCUAGGCAUGGUACCAUUUCCCCAUGUCUGGGGAACACCAUUUCAACUCGAAUUUCUUUCAUGCUGAUCGAAAUUCCGCAACUCCAGGUCGACGAAGAGAUUACCAAGCUUAUGUGAAUCGGUGCUUUUAUACAUGUAUUACAGAAAUAUAUAUGGGCGGAUGGAGUCUGGCGCGAGAAUAUCACAUACCGCCUUCAAGAAAAUUUCAAGCGCUGUGCAAAAUUUCUUGUGACGGGUUUGUUUGCUAACUAGGUGCUGGUUCGUUUUCUCUAGGCUCAAGAAGAGGUAAUCAGUGGACUUAGGGAGAUUGGUCUCGCUUGAUGCUCUUUCACGACUGCCGACAUGAGUUUGCAGAUUCGGAUGAAUGGUACUGGCGUUCUCACACAGGGUGUUUUUAUGGAUGGUAAGAUACCCACAAGGAAUUUAAGGUCGGGUACGGUUUACAAAUCAAAUCCGAGUUUGAAGUAUGAAAAGGCGUUUGUAUAAGUUUGAGUUAUGAAAUGAUAC